UUUAUCGUAAGCAAGGGACAUUUAUAAGCGGACAUGUGGAUGAUCCGGCCCAUAGCUUCCGCCGUCCCCCAACUUGAGAGCUGCAUUCUGCUUCCGAUUCUCAAACUCAAAGGAGACGAGACAUGGCUUAUGCUGCAAUGAAACCCACUAAGCCCGGCUUGGAGGAGUCACAGGAGCAAAUCCAUAAGAUUAGAAUCACCCUUUCCUCUAAGAACGUCAAGAAUCUCGAGAAGGUUUGUGCUGACCUGGUUCGUGGUGCCAAGGACAAGCAUCUCAGGGUGAAGGGACCUGUUAGGAUGCCAACUAAAGUUCUUAACAUCACCACCAGAAAAUCCCCCUGUGGUGAAGGCACCAACACAUGGGACAGAUUUGAGCUGCGUGUACACAAAAGAGUCAUUGACCUCUACAGUUCCCCUGAUGUGGUUAAGCAGAUAACCUCGAUCACAAUUGAACCUGGUGUCGAGGUUGAGGUGACCAUUGCAGAUGCUUGAUUUUGGCAUGCUAGUUGAUUUUGUAAUUUAGCCCCUUGGCUAGGAAUAUGUUGAGUCAAAUACACCAGGGUUAAUGCAUUUCCUUUUGCCUUUUCAAUUUUUGAAGUUGAUUAUUGUGGAAGGGGUAUUGAUUUGAUCGAUUAUCUUUUGUUUUGUGUUUGUCGACUUUGAAGAAUACCAUGACAAAUGCCAUGAAUCUUUCGUGUCAAAUAUUUUUAGCUUCAGAUCGAGACUAUGUGUUUGUUAUAUCGCAAAUCUUAUACUCAGGAAGAACAGCUAGUGUGACUAAUUGUACUUUUGAAUAAAAGACAUAAUAAGAACAGUGCAUAAUGUUAUCGGAUUGUUGCUGUAA